GCCCACCUUCGGAUGCAGGGGAACCAGCUUCUAUCCAACCUACCCUGGGGGAGCUCUCCAUCCUUGACGUCACCAGCGAUUCCGUCCGUCUCCAUUGGACGAUUCCCACGGGGAGCUUUGAUUCCUUCCUCAUCCAGUACAAGAAGGCAGACGGCCAACCUCAAGCGUUACCUGUGGAGGGAGGCUUCACGGAAGUCACAGUGACCAACCUGGUUCCUUCCCGCCGAUAUGAGUUUAACCUCUAUGGAAUCACUGGGGGCAAACGCUCCAGCCCCCUCUCCAUUGAUGCUACCACUGCCCCAUUAGCCACGAUGCCCUCGGUUCAGCCCAGCUUGGGAGAGCUUUCGGUUUCCAACAUUACCCACAAUUCUGUACUUCUCUCGUGGACGGUCCCCUCUGGGAAUUUUGACUCUUUUGUGAUCCAAUACAAGGACGCGGAUGGCAAGCCCCAAGCCGUCCACGUGGAAGGGAACACUUACCAAGCCAUCCUACCUGACCUGGUUCCUGCCCGCAGAUAUAAGUUUAAUCUCUAUGGAGUCUCUGGUCGCAAGCGUUUUGGACCCGUUUCUGUCGAUGCCGUCACAG